CUGCUCUGUCCCUCAGGAUCUAACUACUUCAACUGUCUUCAACUACAAAGACUACAAUGACAACAAAAUUAGUCAUUGAACAGCCUGCUCCAGUUAUGGAGACAAAAGUCACUGACCACCAGUGGAGUACAGAAAUUUGUGACUGCUGUCAGGAUAUGCCUCAAUGUUGCUUUGCAUGUUGGUGUUGUCCAUGCUUCGCUUGUAAAACCACAAAAAAGUAUGGGCAAUGCCUUUGUCUUCCUCUAUUGGAAAUUUUUGGUGGUUGCAUUGCCCCGGUCACUCUAGCUAUGAGAGUCUCCAUGCGUCAUCGAUAUGGCAUUAACGACACCAUCUGCCGAGACUGUGUGUUGGCAACCUUUUGCACGUCAUGUUCCUGGUGCCAAAUGGCCACAGAAAUGAAAAGAAGAGCCAUCCCCAUCACACUUAUCAGUGCCCGACCUAAACUAGCCCUAUAACCACACCUGCACUCUCUCGUUUGCACUUGCAUUGUAGUCUUGAAUAGAUAUUUAUUUAUAUUUUUAUACUAUAUAUUGAUCCAUUGUGUGUGUGUGUGUGUGUGCAUGUUUUCAGAAGUUAAGUGAAAUUAAGUUCCACAGAGAAACAAGCUCCAGAGAAGUCUGCUCGACCAUUCACUGUUGGCUCCAUUGCUUCCCAUUAAGUCUUUGAAUAAUUCAUUUAUUUUUUUUAUCAUCUCAACAUUGUCUAAAUGAAUCAAUACUUCUCAUAUGUUGUUCUGGCUUCUUUAAAUCCUAUGUAGCAGUUGUAGUAUUUGUUCAUCUACUGUAUUUGUUGACAUUUUCAGAAAUCUAAAAUCCAGUCUUAUUUGUUGUCUAUUGUCUAUUCUAAUAAAAUGUUGUCUAUAAUGAUUAAA